AUGUCGUCGACGGUGAAGAAACGGGCGAGUCGAGGGUGCAGACCGAGACUGAGAGAUUUCGAGAGUCGAGAGUACGUGGACGCGAUGUCGACGAUAUUGCGACGGUUACGAAGGAAACACGCGUCGUUAGCGCCGUCGUUUGACGCCAGGGCGUUGGCGGGGGCGACGUUUCGUUUGAUUACGGCGGAGGAGAAGUUUUUAGGAGCGAACGCGGAGCGCGAAGGCGAGUCGCCGCGGGUGCCGAAGAUUCCGCAUUGGGCGUGGAGAGACGUGACCCCGGGUGGGGGGUUGUCGACGUUAUUAGAUGUUUACGUGAGUCGGCGACGAGAUGGGAAGCUCAGGGCGGAAGCGCAGGGUGAGGACGCGCGAAGAGAGUUCGAGGCGUUCGUCAGAGAAGCCAGAGAGGCGCUCGUGGAACGGCGACACCUUAAGUACGUGAAGAUUUACGUCUCGGACGACGCACAGGGUGCGAAAGAGUUGAAGGCGUUAGCGCGGGAGAUGCGAGCGACGCUCGCGGCGAACGCGGACGGGUCGAUGUGGAGAAUCACAGAGACGUCCACGAGCGCGACUUCUGGGGGGAAGACGGAACAUCGCGUGCACUAUUGGUUCUAUCCGGACUCGUACGAGCAGUGGUACGCGGAGAGCUCGCUUUCGGGUCGAGGACGGGCGCCGUGGUCGCCGCAGACGAGCACGUUUGCGCGCAAAGGGUUCGACAAACCGUUCAACGUCCGAGCGCGUUGGCUUCGGGAUAGUCAUAAGUUUAACGAGUGGAUGAACGAGCUCGAUUAUGAGUUCGACAUCACCCCUGAGGCGGCGCUCGGUGGGAGACAUGCAUGGGAAGCGCACGACGCGUCGUUGACGAGCGGUAAACGCGCGCGCGCGGACGUUGGCGCCGAUACCGAGGGCGAGAUGUUCGCCGCUGACGGUGACGAAAUCUUAUCAUACUUCGUGACGCGUCGUCGAGUCAUUCAACCGCAUCCCAUGAUAGCCGCGUGCGUGAGCCAGGACGACGGCGCGCUCGUCUUGCGUGACGAGCAGGAGGACGUCACCAAGACGUACAUGACGGCCAAGAACGUACGUCUUGUGAACAUGACCGCCGGGAAGCUUCCACCGAACGCGACGCCAUUGUUUGAGCGCGAGGAACGAGACGGCGCGAAGCCUUUGGAAGAACUCAGGAUUCCUACACAUAGUGCGUGGUUCAGAUGGGACGUCGCGCACGAAAUCGAGCGCCGAGCGCUGCCGGAAUUCUUCAACGAAGACAAUGGCACGGGAGAUGGAUUAGAUCGAUACAUUUCGUGUAGAAAUGCGAUGAUUCAAUGUUUUAUGAAAAAGGGACGAAACGUGACGAUGCGUGAAGUCGCGCCGAAGGGCAAGUCAGCGCUGGUCGACGCCGCAGCCGCGGCGAGGAUAUUUUUAUUUCUAGAGGAUUGGGGACUGGUGAACUGGAGCUUCGCCGUCGAUCGAGGCGUAUUCAAGGUGAAGGACGACCCUCCGACCGGAUGUCCCCGAAUCAUCCAAGCGAGCGACGGCACACUUGAGGUGAAGGAGAUGGACCUGCCUGAGGCGCUGAAGAUGGAGCUUUUUGAUUUCGCGAAGGUUCGAGCGACGACGGUGUCUGGCGAACAUCCCCUCGUUUCACCGACCGCGAUCGCGGCGUCGACGGAUGCGCAGUUUGAGCGACGUUCUUUGGACGAAUUAUUCGCCACAUUGCAGGCAAUGCGCGAGGUGGAGGUGCGGUUUGAGUGCAACGCGUGCGGAACUGAUUUGAUAGGAGGCGUCUUCUAUCACUACACAGUCUCGGGCGCUUACGACCUAUGCGAGUCUUGUUUCCCGCGAGGCGCGUACCCCGAGGGUCAUACGAGUGGUGAUUACGUCAAGGCGGUCUACCCAGAUUUCGCCGCAAACGCCCGUUCGAGCGCUAGCGCGGACGACACAGAGUGGUCUCCGCAGGAGGUGUCUUCUCUCCUCGAGGCUGUCUCUCAGAGCGAAUCGAGCGUGAACUGGAACGACGUCGCCGCGAGCGUCGGUUCGAAGAACGAGGACGAGUGCAUCAAAUAUUUCGUGCGCAUGCCCACGGAAGACGCUGCGAUCGCUGCGAUUGACGCGCAACUGCGCGCGCCGAAUGGCGUCGUCGUGGACGCCGCCGCCGGCGCGACACUUCCCGAUUCGGAAGACGCGCCGUUCGCGACCGCGCCGAACCCAGUGAUAGCGCAGCUCGAGUUCCUAGUUAGCAUGGUUUCUCCUCGAGUCGCCGCAGCCUCGGCCAAGGCUGCGCUCACGGAGCUCGUGAAGCACGGCGAUCGAGUCCACGACAUCGACGCGGUGAAAAAGGCCAACGCGCGAGGCUUGGUCGCGGCCGCGGUGCAGGCGAAGAUUCUCGCCAUGGACGAAGAGCACGAGAUUAGACGUAUCGUUUCCGGUAUCCUGGACGUCUUGGCGAAGAAACUCGAGCUCAAGCUCAAGUACCUCGACCUCAUGGACGUGCACGCCGAGCGCGCGCUCGAAGCGUUUUCGUCUCAGUCCAAAACCGCGCUCGCCGAUCGAAGAUCCGCGAUCGCGGAGACGCGCGAUUACAGCGAGCGUAUCGUAGAAAUGACCGCCAAACUCCACUCGCUUCGCCAGCGCCUGGCUGUGGAGGAGGCGAAAAUUGCGCCCGCCGCCGCGCCCCGCGUAGACGUGUAA